UUCAUAAAGGUUGAAACUCCCCAACGUCUGUCGAGGACGAAACCCUCUUUUCCACAAUGGCGUCGACGAAGAGAUCGAAGGUGUCUGCUUUUGGUUGCAAAAGACACGGGUUCAAAACCCACUGCUCACCUAAUUUUCUUCCGGAGUACGGAAAAAGAAAAACGGUGGGUGGGCCAAGAAACGAUGCACUGUCUAUCGGGCUCGAAACUUCUGGCAAUGCGUGGCGGAAGUGGUGUACCCGCACACACGCACAGAAGAUUGUUGGAAAAAAAGGUGGUUCUACUCGCCGCCAGCCGGUCGGGUUCCGGUUACCCCAAGAAGACUUCUCUUGCCUAGCAAACAAGAAGAAGCCUCGAUAAAGGGGGGGGUAAUGUGGAGAACACCUUCAUAGAGGUUCGGUACGCUUUCAUCGAAUACUCCGAAUACAUGCGCAAAGAGGUUGAUCGAGCCAGGGCCAACAUGCGGUUAUCUGCAGAGGGCAGGCAGCUGGGUGAGGAGUUUUGGGAGCUCCAUGAGAGAAAGCUGAGGGGGAUGCAAGACGGUAUCGACAGGAACCAGGCCUUCCUGAACGCCGUGGUAGAGUUCCAAGACAGCUCCAGCCCCUUCCCCCUGGCGGACGGCGAAAAGCGGGUCCCGGGAGACCCGUCAAGGACGACGAAAGCGCAGGUCUCCAAGAUCAACACCACCCUGCGGCAGUGCAUGAGAGAUUGGAGCGGCGAGGGGGAGGAGGAGCGGCGAGAGUCCUACGGCGCCGUCAUCGCCGAGCUAGAGAGACUGCGCCCGGUUGACCCGCGCAGGAGGGGGGCUCAAAAGGUACUGGUUCCCGGGGCCGGGGAGGGGCGUCUGGCCUACGAAAUCGUGUCCCGAGGCUACGGCUGCGCGGGCAACGAGUUCAGCUACUUCAUGCUCAUGGUGUCGAAUUUCAUCCUCAACGGGGUUGGCGAGGAGAACGAGUUCACCCUGAGCCCCUUCGUCGACAACACGUGCAACACGUUCAGCGUCGACGACAUGCUCAGAACUAUACGUGUCCCCGAUGUCUGUCCACCUUUGGCCCUCGCGGGUGAAGCUGACUUGGACUUUUCCUACGUAUCUGGAGAGUGGCUGGCCUGCUACGAAGAUCAGGCGUCGACGUUUGAUGCCAUCGUUACCGUAUUUUUCAUGGACACUGCGCCGGUGGUGGUCGAGUACAUUGCGGCAAUAGCACGUCUUCUCAAAGAAGGAGGGGUGUGGAUCAACUUUGGUCCGCUGCUGUACCACUGGUCUGACAGCUCGCUCCGGAAGACAGACGAACGGUUUCAGCGAUCCGUCGAGCUCAGCUGGGAAGAAAUCCGUAUCGUGUGCGCCUGCUACGGGCUAGACAUUGUUCGAGAGGAGAGGCAGGACGCUACGUACAACGCGGACCAACGUUCCAUGAUGAGGACCGCGUACACCGGUAUCCUCUGUUCCGCGGUGAAACGGUCCAAGCCGGGCGCCAAGGAGGGUUUAUCGUGAGGAUCACGCUGCCACGCAAGAAAAUGCUGGGGUUACUACGGCAACGAGGCCCACAUCGUGGCAACCAAUCCCCACGUCGCCGCACGGCAGAACGUUUCGAGGUCCGAUGGUGGACAGAAGUGGGAUAUCGUUUCGGUCAAAUUUGGGUCGCAAAAGAGGCAAAGUGGGUACAAAUGAUGGACAUGUAACCAGCGUACGUGAGGGUGGAUAAAGGAUUGCGUGGUGAGGUUGGAUGUGUGUGCUUGGUGCAGUAUAACGGUAUGUAGUACACGCCGCUCCCUCACCGAAAAUCCUUAGGCGCCACGCCCUCCUUCCUGAUGGUGACUGAUAACGGCGGGUGUUUUAGUACUAUUAGCAUCAUCGACCGCGCUAUCGGCUGACCAAUUAAAGACGUGUGUGCGUGAGUGCGUGUUGCGUUUGUUUAUCUCUAUUGUGGUGCGUAUUUCUCGGUUGAACUGAUCGUAGCAUCGACCGCGUCUAUCAGCCGAUCAAUGAAUAACCUGAGCGGGAUGAAACAAACGCGGACACUAUCUACCGACAAAAGACGGUGUAGAAGUAGUUGCAUGCCGUGCU